ACAUUACUUUCGUUUCGUAAGAAAUCGACGAUUUUCGAAACAGUCAUCGGUUUCGCUCUCGUUUUCUCUUUAUAUUUAGUUUGUGUUCGUCGGAUGCACCGCAGGGAGACUCUUCAGGAGUCUGAUCAUCUUGUGCAUCAGCUGUCAUCAUGUUGUGUUUUUGGGGAGCGCAGGUCAGAGAGGGUUUGGGGCUGGUGAAGCCUGACCAGGUCAAACACGGAAAAUGUGGAAUACGAUCUGUGUGUCCGAAAACAAAUCUUCAGGACAUGUCAGCCGGAAAGAGUUUUCUUGGAUUUAUCCUGGAUGGGAAGGUCUCGGUCCUGAGAUUGCGCAGUGAAGACUACAACAAUGAUGGAAAACUAAAGCAACUACAGCUAAAGAAUAAAAUCAGACUGAUUGUCUGUGGAGGAGAUGGUGCAGUUCUUCUUGCUUAUGGGGGAAAUGUUCUCAUUAUGGACACAUCUACUGUGUGCAAGCCUCUCCAAGGUCUGAAUAACAGGCAGGUGAUUCAGAUAGCUUGUGGAGACCAUCAUUCAUUGGCACUAACAAAGGAGGGUCAGGUGUUUGUAUGGGGUAAGAACUCUCACGGUCAGCUGGGUUUGAGGGAAGAUCAUCCCGACUCUUCGUCUGCUGAACAUGUUCAGAGUCUGAGUGGGAUCCCGCUGGCUCAGAUCAGCGCUGGAGGAGACCACAGCUUUGUGUUGUCUCUCUCUGGAGUCGUGUUUGGAUGGGGAAAGAACUCUGCUGGACAGCUGGGCCUCGGAGACACUACAGACAGACACGUCCCAACAGUUGUAAAUAGUCUGAACAGGAAGAAAACUGUGUCCAUCUCAUGUGGAGGGGAACACACUGCCACUUUAUCAAAGGGCGGCACAGUGUUCACGUUUGGGUCGGGAGGUUCUGGUCAGCUCGGACACAACUCAUUUAGAGAUGAACAUCAUCCGCGGGUGGUUGCUGAACUCUGGGGGUCUGAAGUGUCACAGGUCACAUGUGGGAGACAUCAUACACUCAUAUUAAUCGCAUCGUCAAAGCUGAUCUACUCAUUUGGAUGUGGGACGCAAGGGCAGCUGGGAAACGGAGAAUUGAUCAAGCAGUGUUUGCCUUUCCCUGUGGAUCUGCCAACUGAAUAUGAUCAUGACUUUUUAGUUGAAAAACUAAUUGCUGGGGAGAAUCAUUCCUCUGCCUUGCUAUUCAAGGAACCUGGGAAUAAGUCCAAAACAAAUCCAAGCAGAGGGAUUUUGACAUUAGAUGACAGGAUGAUCAACCGAUGGCUGUCUGGAAGUGAACCAUGGAAAGUGGUAAAGAAAGACAUAAACCAAGUAUUUUCUUCCUCUGCCUCUCUGAAUGGAAGUUUUCUCAAAACAAGUUGUGACGAACAUUAUCAGAUGUCUGAGGAUCAUUGUGGUUUGGAUUUUGAUCUGGUUGAAGCGUCCUUUGCAAAGUUAUCAGAGAAUGAAAGCUUGAUAUCAGAGAUAGUGAAGGUGGUUCAGCAAAACCUGCUGCCGUCUCUGAAUCCAAAUCCAACUGGUGUGGAAUCACUGAGAGUUUAUCUUCUCCUCCCUGAGCUCAUCAGACGUCUUCAGAAGCCACAAAGAACUGAACUCUCUGAAGAUCUGGCCUCCAAAAUCCUUCAGCUGGAUCCUGAUUCCCGCGCGGUGUUGGAGAAGUACUGGUCCAAACUCCCUGAUGAUUUGCUCAAAGGCCUGGUGAAGUUAUUUCAAAAAGCUUCAGCUUAUUUGUUUGGCAGGAUUGCUUCUACCAAUAUGAAGUGGGACAUCAUAACACGUCUGCCGAUAUUUGUGCAUUUCCUUCAGAUGCUCUAUCAGGUCUGCUGCAGGUCCAACAGAAACAUCACUAAGAGUGAUUUCAUCAUUAAUGAGAUCAAUGAUCUACUAGAUGUUUUGCAAACCAUCAACGAUGAUAUAAAUAACAACUGGAUCAUGUUGAACUUGACUGAACAAAUCCAAGCAGUGGUAAACCAGCAAGCCUACUAUAAUGCAAUCUUAAAUAAUCUCAUAUCACUUCCAUGCAUCUUUAACCUGGAGGCCAAAUGUGGCUAUAUGAAGAACAGAGCAUGGAAGGGUAGUUUUCAGCUGGUUCUGAGACGUACAGCGCUGCUGGAGGACAGUUUCUCUCAGCUGAGAACGGCCCCUGGGAAUUUUCUCCAAGAUUUCUUUCUGGCGGUGUUUUACACGGAGGAUAUGAAAAAAACAGAUGUCAACAAGAGGGACUUUUUUCACAAUGUGUUUCAAGAGCUUUGUGCCCCGGAGUCUCGGAUGUUUAUGUAUAAUGAAAGCAAAACUCUGAGCUGGUUCCCAGCACAGCUCAGCGUGGAGAAGGAGAGGUACUUCCUGUUUGGGAUUCUGUGCGGUUUGGCCUUCAACAACAACUCUGUAGUGCAUCUGCCUUUUCCUUUAGCCCUGUUCAAGAAACUUCUCAAUGUCAAAACGUCUCUUGAAGACUUGAUAGAGUUCGAUCCAGUUCUUGGCAAGAGUUUGCAGUACAUCUUAGACUACAGCGACGACGUCGAGGAAUUGGAUAUUUACUACACGAUUGUAUGGGGUGGAAUACAAGUCGAGCUGGAUCCAGCUAAGCCAGGAAAAAUGGUGACGAAUUCGAACAGAGAAGACUAUGUGGACCAGUACCUGGAUUAUAUACUGAAUAAAUCAGUGGAGAAAGUGUUUGAAGAAUUCAAGAGAGGCUUCUUCAAAGCAUGUAGCAGAUGUAUAGUAGAGAUGUUUGAACCAGAGGAGCUGAGGGGAGUGCUGGUGGGCAAUGAGGAAUAUGACUGGGACAUCCUCAAACAGAACACUACAUAUGAAAGACCAUUUUACGCUGAGCAUCCAACCAUCGUCUCAUUCUGGGAGGUGUUUGAUGAACUGACAGCAAAUGAGAAGAAGGCCUUUCUGUUGUUCUUGACAGGGUUCGAGAAAGUGCCCAUUCUGGGUAUGAGUGCGGUGAAGAUGAAAGUGCGACCCCUGUUCAUCUUUACUCAGGAUCAUCUACCGCAGGCCCUCACCUGCCAUGCUAUCCUAGACCUUCCUGUUUAUGAGAGCAAGGAAACUCUCAAGGCUAAAGUAAUUGAAGCCAUCAACCACAAGAGGGGGUUCUGGGAAGAAUGAAGCAGAAGCCGGAAUACAGUAACUUAAAUUAAAAGUAUGAUCAUAUAUCUUUCUCUGCAUUAAUCUGGACUGUUUCUAAUGGAGAUUGGGGCUUGUUGUAAGAACGUUAACGAUCAGUUUCUACUUUAAUAUGUGAAAUUUUUUAAAAAAGUUUACAUUUAUAUCCACUACCAGAGAAAAAAAAGAUUUUGUAAAUGCUGUGAUUUCUGUAAUGUGCUGUAUUUAUGAACUCAAUUUUAAAAAAGGUGUGUUACUAUUAAUAUACUGUAUUUAUAUUUGACCUUGUUAAUUUUAUUUAAAAUAAUUAAUAUUUAUUUUCAAAUCAACAUUAAGGAAAAUAAAAA